ACUUCUAAAUUUCUGAAGUCACAUUAAAUAGUGAUUUACUGAACGUAAAUUCAAAAGCUUUUUAUAUAUUUAUAUCAUGCAAUAUAAUUUACUAUUUAAUAAUUUUAUUUACAUUCUUCUAGAGUUGUUGUAAUUAUUUUUUUCUUCAACAUCGUUGUGACUUUGUUUACCUUUACCUUUAUGUUUACCUUUAUGCAUUAACAAUUUAAAUUUGUUCAGCGUAUUUUCUAUACAGCGAUGUGGAAUGUUAUUAAUUGCCGUCUAUUACCCAGAACAUUUAAUUUAUUUAUUAUUCGAAGCACGUCGACGAAUAAUUCAUAUGGACUUGAUAAAGUAAAACCAGUACCUGUUCCGGACAUAGUGAGAAAACCAUCACGUCUACCAUUUUUAAAAUCAAUUUAUGCUGGUCAGUAUGAUAUUGAAGUUCUUACAUAUCCAGAAACGCUCAAUCUUGAAAGGCAUAGAGAUUUAGAAUCCAGAGUGCAACAAAUACAAAAUAAUUGCACUAAAAUUGAUACCAUACGACAAUUAGGAUUGUUUGGCAUGAGUGCUCCGUAUCCUACUUCUGGACUCAACCUAACUAUAACUGAAAUUUCUAGAGUCUUUGAACACUUUGAUUGUAAUAUGUUUAAGGUAGUACAUGACCAUACACUUGCUGUUGACAUUAUUAAGUCAUUUGGUACCCCUAAUCAAAGAUCUAAAUAUUUACCAUUAUUAGCAUCUGGCGCUAUUUGCUCUUUACAUGAUAAUACUGUUAAAGCUACAAUACUUCCAAAUCAAAGCUGGGAACUUACAGGUUCUGUAAAAAAUGCAUCAAAUGUAUAUUCACUUUUCAUAGUUGGAAAAAAAGCUUUUAUAGUUGAAAAGGAUAAGGCAUUUGUUGAUGGCCUAAAUUUGGAAUUAAGGCAAGUUGUUGUUUCGUCCGAUGAUGUUUUAGACAAUGUAGAUAUUACAAAAAUUUUGGAAAAAGGUAAAUUAUAUACAUGUUCUUUAAUGAUAAGUGCAAUGAAAAAAGUUGUAGAGUCAACCAUAUUGUAUGUAUUACCAAAAACUAGAUUAAAUCUAAAAUUAAGAGAUUACGAUUCUGUUAUUAAAAUAUUAGCAAACUCAGUUAUAAACAUAUAUACAAUUGAAAGUAUGAUAUAUUUAACCACAUGGAUGACUGAUGGAUUUGAUGAUCCAGAUAUCGAAGUAGAAACAGCUGCGAUACAACUAUUUGCUCGUCAAACAGUUAAUACUAUAUUGGCAGAGUUAAAAAUGUUAUAUGGAAGAAAUUCAGUUAGAGAGCGGUUUUCAUCGUUAUGUAACGAUGUAGAAGAUUUAGUUGAAAGUUUGGAAGAAACUAGUAAAUUAGCCAAUUUUAUAAGUUGUCGGGGUGUAGAAUUUUUCCAUCAAUCGAAAUAUGAAGAUAAUAUUUCAUUCCUUACUCUUGCUUAUAGAAAUCUAAUGAUGAAAAGAGAUACACCAAGUUUAAAAUAUGGUUUACAACAAUACCUACAUCCUGCACUUAUGCAUUCGGCAGAUUUUCUUGAAUAUUGUGUACUGAAAUUUCAAUAUGCUAUUGAUCAGAAUCAGGUUGCUGGUCAACUAAAUAUUGACAAUCAAAUGCUUAUGGAAAGAUUGUCUACCAUAAUCGUACACAUUUAUGCUAUGUCUGCGGUUAUUGGUAGAGCAUCUCGAUCGUAUUGUACUGGAAUCCGUUUUUGUGACUGGGAGAUGAACACUGGAGAAACAGUUGUCAGAGAAUCUCAUGCUUUUCUUAAACCAAUUUUUGAAGAAAUAAUAAGUGGUAAAUAUGUUGCCACAGAUUCAAUCUACGAAACAUUCGCCACCCAAACCGUAUUUAAUAAUAUAAUUAGUAAAUAGACUGCAAUUUAAGAACAUAGUUUUUGCUUUAUUGUAUUUUUAUUUGUCUAAUAAUGUAUAAUACAAAUGUAUGUCUUGAA